AUGGAAUUUUCAGAGAACAUUCAAGUUCAAGCCGACUCAUCUUGCCGAGGUGUCCAAGACGAUGACGUCUAUCCCGUCCAUGUCUUUGACGACGCCAAGGUUAACCGCAAGCUCCUCUCUUGGGUGAUGCGCUUCAACGAUGUCCUGGACCCCGAACGCUUACACGCCGCUCUCUCGCGGCUGCUGGAGAUUGGCGACUGGAGAAAGCUCGGUGGGAGGCUGAGGCUCAAAGAGACCGGGAAGCUGGAGAUUCACGCCCCGACACCCUUCACGAUAGAUCGGCCCGCCGUCGCCUUUACCCACGACGGCUUUGAGGACGUCAACAUCGAGGACCAUCCAAUAGCGUCCAGCUUCCCUGCGCCAACCGACGGGCCUUCUAUCCAGCCCGUCUCAAUCAACUUCCGGCCCUUUCUCGCACCGCCAGGCUAUCCCCCAACCCUCGGGGACAUGAUUCGCAGACAUGCGCCCCAGGUGUCGCUACACGUCACGUCGUUUCGCAACGCGACCCUCGUUGCCGUCGCAUGGCCGCAUACCUUGAUGGACGCCGUCGGUCAGCAGGCCUUGCUGCGUGGCUGGUCGCUUGUGCUGGCUGGGCGCGAGCAAGAGGUGCCGCGUGUGCUCGGCGCUCGACAAGAUGUUCUCGAGCGAGUCGACGAUGAGCAGGAGAGCCCGGAAGCUCUGGGCAUCGAGAAAGACCGCCUUGGGAAGCUGGGGAAGCUCGCCUUGAUCGCGCGUUUCCUGUGGGACAAAUUCUGGGGCCCUCGCUUGGAGCUACGAGCCGUCUACCUCCCCGAGGCGGCCUUCUCUCGGCUGCAACGCCAGGUCCGGCAGCAACUGGCCGAGUGUCCCGAGAACACCGAUCAGGACCGCUUCGUCAGCGAGGGCGAUAUACUUACAGCCUGGGUGACGCGAGCAAUAGCGUCAACCAGAUCAGCGUCCCGGCCCGUGACGGUCAUCAACCUCUUCAACGCCCGGUUCCGGCUUCCACUGCUGCGCAAGGAAGAAUCUGCAGCAGGCAUCUACGCCCAAAACAUGGUGCUGCCAGCCUUUGCCCUCCUCUCCCCCAAACUCGCCAGAGGUCCUCUUGGGCCCAUUGCCCUGCAGCACCGACGCCACAUUGCCCAACAGACGGCGAGGCCCCAGACGCUGAGCAUGUUGCGCGCCAUGCGGCGCGACCUCGAGGCCGGCAAGGGCGCAGACUUCUUUUUUGGCAAGCCCAACGCCCUGCUCGUCUUCUUCAACAACCUGACCAAGCUCGACCUGAUGCAGGCGGCGGACUUUGGCCCGGCGGUGCUCCGCCAGGGCGAGGACAAGGAGGCGAGGACGAACCCGCCGGGGACCAUGGUCGUGUACUGGAACCAACUCGUCGAUGAGGUCCCGGGAGGCCCUGAUUGCUUUUACAUGCUUGGCAAAGACUUUGGGGGCAGUUACUGGCUCAUGGGCAAAUUGCGGCCGCAGACGUGGACCAGGAUUGGGGCGGAGUUGAGGGAGAUGGAAUAG